AUGGUAAAAAGUCAAAAUCGUAUACAUAUGAAAAUAUACUUCAAUACAACUCAAAAUAGUAAAAAAAUAUACGAUACAACCUUACUCAAAAUCGUAAAUAUUAUAUUAAUCAAUGCUCAACAUCAACAACUCACAGUAGGCAGUGCCGAAGACGCAAAGGCAACAGCUGGUCAGCGGUCACGAUUCGUUCGGCGUUCACUGCAGCAAACGACUUCUGCGGUCGACUCGAAAUCGCGGGUCUUUGUGGCAGCAAGCAUUGGAGCAGUUGAGGCACUGAAAGAUCAAGGAGUUUGCAGGUGGAAUUAUCAUUUAAGAUUACUUCAUAAUCAAGCCAAGAAGAAUCUCAAAUCCUAUUAUCAGACUCAAAUUCUACCUCCAACUGGAAAAUUUUAUUCUUCUACUGCUACUGCUGUUGUUGGGAAGAUGAAGAGAAGCGAAAAAUCUAUGGAAAAAGUGAUGGAUUUGAGUUGCAGCAGUCUGUUUGACUGCUUCCUGGAGAUGGAGAAAGAAGAAACGAGGUCGACGAAAAGGGUUUGGCAAUUUGGAGGAAUUGUAUUUGGGAGAUUCACAGUUCUUGCUUGCUGGACGCCUGGACCUCAGGACCCCGGACGAUUAAAAAAUUGAAAUGAUGAAAUGGUUUGAUAAAUUGGAUAAUUUCAUUGACAAUUGGGCUAAAUAAUAAGAGGUCCAAAAUUUCUUUAAUUCACUGAAGCCCAAACAAAAAAAAAUGGGCUUUCUUCUUGCUUCUCCUUCUCCAAGCGGCAGACGAGGCUACCAGCGGACCAGGCAAUUCUGCAACUACUGUGCACAGCGAAUGGCUUACCCAGUUACCCGGAUGUACUAUAGAUUCAGGCGGAGCCAGCACGCGCGGUCGCCCCCCCUCACCGGGUGCUGGCUCCGC